GCUCUCUGCACUGGUGGCCGAGCUCCACAGCAGCCUGUAAGUCAGGGAGCUGCCCUCGCUAGAGCUGCAGGUUGGCUGAGGGAAAGUCACCAGGAGACCUGAGAAAAUGGGGAACUCUCUGCUGAGGAAAAACAGAUGCUGGGACUGCUACAUUGCUGAAGGUUGUCUCUGCCUUCCGUGGAAAAAAACACACGGUUUUGAAGCAAAGCCGGAUUCCGAUAAGGAGAAUACAGAAAUGUCAUCUGCUCCCAUCCAGCAGGAUAAUGCUGACCAGAGCUCCUUAGAAGAGCUCUCCUACACCCUCAUCAAUCACAGCGUCCUCGGAAGAAGGUCAUCAGGGAUCUCUGGGGCAUACUAUGAGAACAUUUCCCCCAACACCAAGAGACCCAGGGAGUUCUUGAGAAGAACCGAGACAUCGUAUGCACUUCUCCAUGUGCCUUCCUCCCCAAGGCAUUUGCCCUCCCCAGAAAAUGAAUAUGAACUUCUCACUCCUGGUAAAAUCUCCUUCCACUCCCUGCGUCAGCCACAUCCGCCUAUGUUACCUUCUGAGAUUCGGGUUUCUUGUUUAAAAUGAAAUAGACCAGAACUUGUCUAAUUACCAGUAAAUAAAAGCUGGGGGUAUAGA